AUGUCCGAACAAAAUAAAUCAACUCUUCAAGAAGCCCAAGCUACCGAUAAUAUACCUCCAACAGAUCAAUCUUCUAAGAAGACUGUCAAAAAUGGAGUACCAACCAAAAGUGAUACCGUUGUUAAUGAAAAUAAAUUGUCUAAUAAAGAAUUAAAAGAAUUAAAGAAAAAGGAAAAGGCCUCAAAAAGAGCUGCCAAAAAGGCUGCUGCAAGUGGUAUUACAAUUGAAAAGCAACAGCAACAAGCACAGUUGAAAAAAGAAAAGAAACAAAAACAAAGAGAGUUGGAAAAAGCUAAAGAAGCUAAUCAAAAAAAGAAAGCUAGUAAAAAUAAUAAUAACAAUGCUUUGAAUAAAUCCUCUUUGUUUGGCCAUUUAGAAACUGCAGCCGAAAGAAGAGCCUCUUUAUUGGCUGUCUCAUCUGUGAUUAGUAGCACGAAGGCUUCUAAGAUUACUGCUACCGGUCUAUCUCUUCCAUCAGUUGUUGUAAUUACGUCAAAGAGUGGAAACGCAAAUGUUGCCGCCGACUUGAAUACGUCUGCAACAACAACAACAACAACAACAACUGCUCCUGCUACAGCGUCAUCUAGUGGCGAUAGUUCAAUUGUUAACUCCGCGUCUACCACCUCUGCGGAAAAAACAUUGCCCGUUAAUGUAGCUGGUGGUAAUACGAUUGUCACCACAGAAGUUAAUAGUGAUGAGGAAAAUAAUGCUAAUACACCAUUUAGUUUGGAAGAUUUGAUCACGCCAGAUUCUAUUGGUAUUCCAGGAACAUGUUCUAUUAUCCCUGACACUAUUAUAUCUGAGAUUAAUACCACUACGCGCUUAGCACAACAAGUUAAAGACUUGAUUAUUAGUAGAGACUUAUUGCAUCCAUCUACUUUGAAAUUAACCGAUAAGAUAUCGCAAUAUAAGAUUGUGGGCUCUAUUCCGCGUUGUUUGGCUAUGCUAGAAACUUUUAAAGAUAUUAUAUCUGAUUACUCGACACCACAAGGUACCACGCUAUCCCGCAAUUUGACAUCAUAUUUAUCGCAUCAGAUUGAUUUCAUUAAAAAGGCAAGACCGCUCAGUGUUACCAUGGGUAAUGCGAUUCGUUGGAUUAAACAAGAAAUAUCUGUUAUUGAUCCGAAUACUGCCGAUAAAAUUGCAAAGAAACAAUUAUUGGAUUCUAUUGAUCAGUUCAUAAAUGAAAAAAUUGAAUUGGCAGAUCAAUUGAUCAUUGAAAAUGCUUCACAGCACAUUCAAAACAAUACUACUAUUGUCACCUACGGUUGUUCCAACGUCAUCACCAAAUUACUUAUUCAUAACAAAAAGGAGCAGAAUAAAAACUUCAAAGUCAUAAUAUGUGAUAGUAGACCACUAUUUGAAGGCCGUAAAUGUGCAAAAACCUUGAAAGAAAAUGGAGUGGAUGUUACAUAUUGUAUGUUGAAUUCUUUGGCAUAUGUUUUUCAAACUUUAGACAUUGACUAUGUAUUUAUGGGUGCUCACUCUAUUUUAAGUAACGGUUUUAGCUAUAGUAGAGUUGGUUCUGCAAUGUUGGCAAUGACUGCCAAGAGAAAAAAUGUUCCUGUUAUAGUUUGUUGUGAGAGUUUAAAAUUCAUCAAUAGAGUUCAAUUAGAUAGUUUAACAAUGAACGAGUUAGCCGAUCCUAAUGAUCUAAUUUCUGUUAAUGAAGAUGGACACCGUAGAAAAAAUAUAUUAUUGGAAAAAUUUAUCAAAGAAAAAAAGAAACAGCAAGAAGUGGAAAAUGUCGCUUAUUCCACUACAACAGCUGCUGGUGUUACUUCCAAAAAUAAUAAUAAAAAAAAUAAUAAACAAAUCGAAACCGCUAGUUCUACGCCAAGACAAGGUUUAGAAGGUUGGGAAGAGGUUCCAGAUUUGAAUAUUUUUAAUAUUAUGUAUGACUUGACUCCACCUGAAUAUAUAAAGAAGAUUGUCACUGAGUUUGGUGCUUUACCACCACCAUCUGUUCCUGUUAUCUUGAGAGAAUAUAAGGGAAGUGUAUAA